AUGGGGUGCGUGAACACCCGUCCAACGUGCGGUCGUGCGCGGGGAUGGCGUCUAGGGUCGCGGAGGUCCCGGCCAGGGCCCGUCGCUGCGCCCGGGCCGGCGGCGCCAACCGCCGCCGCCGGCUGGCUGCUACCUGUGGCUGGCUGGCGCGCGCGUUGUCAGAGACGGCGGACGACUGCGGGGGGCGAGGGCGGGCGCGGGCCCCGGCCCGGCCUCGGCGCCGCUCUUCCAAGUAGCGAUCUCGGCCGGACCAGUAGGCAGCUUGGGCAGUGGAAGCGAAACGACACGGCGGAUGGCGGUGGCGGCCGCUCGGGGCCGGCCACGGGCGCGGUGUGGGAUGACGUGCCGCGGUGCGCACGCUCGCGCGCCGGCGACGGCGCCGGGCUGAGCGCGGUACUGGCCAGGGAGCGGCCGUGCCGCCCCGCCGUUCGUAGCGCUCAGCCAGCCUUCGAGGAGCCUCGGGAGGACUGGCAAUGCUGCUGCACCUGCCGCCGCGACCAGGUCUUACGACGGGCUGCGGGACGACUCAGAGAGCGGGCUUCGCGUCUCAACACGCGCAACGCCGAGUGGGGGUCGGGCAAGGCGCUGGAGCUGGCGCCGGGCACCUUCCGCGGCUGCGGAGCUGACAGGCGCUCGACCUCACCGACAACAACCUGCGCGCGCUGCCCGACGCCGCCCCCCUUCUGCCGCUGGCCAACCUGCUCAGCGCGCUCAACGCCAGCCGCAACCGCCUGCGGAGCACGCGCGCUCGGCGUCUCGCUUCCCCGUGCGGCCGGCCGCGCCCGUCGCCCACCGCCCGGCCCACCCAGCGGUCGGACCGAGGAUGCGCCCGGCGGCGGCGACAUGCGCUCGCUCGACCUCUCGCACAACCAGCUGCAGGCGCUGCCCUCCGAGUCGAGCAUCUCGCGCCUGCGGCGCCUGCAGGCGCUGCACCUGCAGCACAACGAGAUGACGGACAUCGGCGGCGAGGCGUUCGCCGGGCUCGCCUCCCUGCGCACGCUCAACAUGUCGCACAACCGCCUCGACGUGCUGCCCGAGGGCCUGUUCGCGUCGUGCAGGGAGCUGCGGGAGAUCGACCUGCACAACAAUUCGCUGUACGAGCUGGGCCGCGGCCUCUUCCACCGCCUGGAGCAGCUUCUCGUGCUCGAUCUGUCCUACAACCAGCUGAGCAGCGGCCAGAUCGACGACGGCACCUUCGUCGGCCUAAUUCGGCUGAUUGUGCUCAACCUGGCGCACAAUUCGCUGACGCGCGUGGACGCGCGCACCUUCAAGGACCUCUUCUUCCUGCAGAUCCUGGACCUGCGGCAGAACUCCAUCGGCUACAUCGAGGACAACGCCUUCCACCCGCUUUACAAUCUGCACACGUUGCAUCUCUCCGAGAACAGACUGCACGAAAUAGGGCCGUUGAUGUUUAACGGGUUGUUUGUGUUGAAUAAGUUAACGAUUAGCAAUAAUCUUCUCAUUAGCAUAGACGGGCGCGCGUUUCGUAACUGCUCUGAUUUGAAGGAGCUGGAUCUCAGUUCGAACUCGUUGCAGGACGUGCCAGACGCGCUGCACGAGCUCACGUUCCUAAAAACUCUCGACUUGGGUGAGAAUAACAUUUCCACUGUGCGUAACGGUUCCUUCCGCAACUUGCAGCAGUUGAACGGGCUAAGACUGAUCGGUAACAAUAUAGGUAAUCUCACGAGUGAUAUGUUCUGGGACCUCACAAGUUUACAAGUGCUUAAUCUGGCGAAGAACAAGAUUCAGCAGAUCGAACGGGGUACGUUUGAACAUAACGAGCGAAUAGAAGCUAUCCGACUCGACGGUAACUUUCUAACGGAUAUCGACGGCGUUUUUUCAAAAAUAUCUAGUCUGUUGUGGUUGAACUUGUCAAAUAACCAUUUAGUGUGGUUCGACUACGCGUUUGUGCCAGUGAAUUUACAGUGGUUAGAUAUUCACGAUAACUUCAUAGAACUGCUAGGGAACUAUUACAACAGGCAGGAUAGCUUGCACAUCAAGACUCUAGACGCUAGUCACAAUCGCAUCACGGAAUUAAACGCAAUGUCCAUCCCGAACAGCGUCGAGUUGUUGUUCAUCAAUAACAACUUCAUUACGUCGGUGGCGGCCGGCACGUUCAUCGAGAAGACCGACCUGGUGCGCGUCGACAUGUACGCGAAUUCGCUCGUUUCGCUGGACCUGAACGCACUGCGCCUGACGGACGUGCCGCCGCAGAAACCGCUGCCCGAGUUUUACAUCGGCGGCAACCCGUUCCACUGCGACUGCGGCAUGGAGUGGCUGCAGAUGAUCAACAACCGCACGCAGUUGCGCAUCCACCCGCGCAUCAUGGACUUGGCGAAUAUCAUGUGCGCCAUGACGUACUCGCGGGGCCUCACCACGAUGCCGGCGAUCGACGCGAAGCCCUCCAACUUCCUGUGCACGUACGAGACGCACUGCUUCGCCCUGUGCCACUGCUGCGACUUCGACGCGUGCGACUGCGAGAUGACGUGCCCGAACAACUGCUCGUGCUAUCACGACCAGACGUGGACGACGAACGUGGUCGACUGCUCGGGGCUCGCCACCAGCCAGAUCCCGCGUCGGAUUCCCAUGGACGCGACGGAGCUGUACCUGGACGGCAACGACUUCGGCGAGCUGCAGAAUCACGUUUUCAUCGGGCGCAAAAAUUUACGGAUCCUCUUCGUGAACGCGAGCCGCAUCGAAACGAUUCAAAACCGCACCUUUAACGGCCUAAACGCCCUGCAGAUCCUGCACCUGGAAGAUAACAGAAUACGCGAGCUUAAAGGGUUCGAAUUCGAUCACCUGUCGCAUCUGCGGGAGUUGUAUCUUCAGAACAAUCUGAUUUCGUUCAUCGGCAACGUGACUCUUUUGCCGCUGCACUCGCUGGAGAUCCUGCGAUUAGACGGGAACCGACUGGUCACUUUCCCGGUGUGGCAACUGACGCUGAACCAAGCCCUCGAGGAGAUAUCGUUGGGGAACAAUCUGUGGUCGUGCCGCUGCAAGUUCCUGCAGGAGCUGCAGAUGUGGGUGGCGGACAACGCGCGGAAGGUGAUUGACAGCGAGGACAUCUACUGCUACAACAACGAGACGAAACCGGCGCAGCGGCGGGAGGUGGAUUUAAACAAUACCGCGUGUAGCGAUUACUACUCCGGCGGGUCCGUUAUUCAGAGUAUCAUAGUGUCCGAUUACUUGCCUAUGGUGGUGAUUACGUUAUCAGCCAUCGUGCUCGUGCUUAUCCUCACUGUGUUACUGUUCGUUUUCCGCGAGCCUAUGCGGGUGUGGGUGUACAGCCGGUACGGCAUUCGCCUGUUCGAGUUCAAAGGCGGGGCGUCGAAGCACCUGGCGGAGGACCGCGAGAAACUGUACGACGGCUACGUGUGCUACAGCCCGAAAGACGAGGAGUUCGUCCUGCAGUCGAUCGUGGCGGAACUCGAGCACGGCAACCCGUCGUUCCAGCUGUGCCUGCACUACCGCGACCUGCCGCACCACGCCUUCCUGCAGCACAGCAGCUCGCCCGUGGUGGUGGAGGCGGCGGACGCUAGUCGCCGAGUGAUCCUAGUCUUGUCGCGCAACUUCCUGCAGACGGAGUGGUCGCGCUUUGAGUUCCGGUCCGCGCUGCACGAGGCCCUCAAGGGCCGCGUGUUCAAGUUGGUGCUGGUGGAGGACGGCGGUUCGCUGCCCGAGGCGGAGCUCGACCCGGACCUGCGGCCGUAUCUCAAGACCGGCGCGCGCGUGCGCUGGGGGGAGAAGCGCUUCUGGGAGCGGCUGCGCUACGCGAUGCCCAGCCGCGGCCGCGACCACAAGAUGUACCGGCGCAACAUCAACAACUACACGCUGGACUCGGGCAAGUGUCGCAACGGCAGCCACCACCAUCGUACGUGGAGAAGAACAAGCAGCCGCACCCGGCGUCCCCAAUUUGCACAUGCACAUCAACAGCCACCCGCUGUUCCAGGCCGCCCCGCCACCACCAACGACGCCUGCCCAACAACGUGGCGCCGCCCCCUUCGUACUCCAGCCACCCACGCUGCCCCGCACGCCGGUCAAGCAGAACAACCACCACGCGCCAACCACCACCACCACCAUCACCACCACCCCGACGCGGCGACGGCGGCGGCGGCGGCCCCCGCGCGCGCCCACGACACGAAGCCAACUACUCCUCCGCCACCACCGCCACCCCGUCGCCGCGCCCGCACCACAGGCACAACUACCACCACGGCGCGCCCGGUGGACGGGCCCGGCGGCGGCGGGGUGGACCACAACGCGCUGUGGUCGACCCGGCGGCAAUGGCGCGGCGCCGCGGCGUCCGGCGCGGCGGGAGCGGGCGCGCGUCCCGGGUUCGAGGCCCGCCUCCGAGCACAUCUACUCCUCCAUCGACUCGGACUACUCCACGCUGGAGCGGGAGGGCUCCUUCGCGAUGCGCAGCGCGCAGCAACAGCACCACGCGCAGGCCCAGGCGCAGCAGCGGCACCACCACGCGCAGCAGAUGCAGCAGCAGCAGCAACAAGCGCAGGCGUGGCGCUCGGGGGCGUGCAUGGACCCCGGCGGCGUGCAGGCCUACCUCGCGGUUGCGUGGCCGAUCGAGUAGAAAGUAGUGGAUUAAUACAGUAUUCAGAAAGGUGCUCCAGAGAACGAAUGAAAGAAAGUAAACGCCUCUUAUUACGUUCACAUUUACGUUCAAUUUUUUGACUUUUGUACACUUGUAUUUUCGUUGUAAGAAGCUGAAUGAAUGAGUGUAUGAAUGUACGCACUCGACUCGCUGAGUGCUACUGUAAUAUUUGUAUUUAUUUUAUAAAUCAUAUGCUUGUGUAUAUGUGUAAAUAUGUAUGAAAAUAUUAUACAACAAUUUUUCUCACAGAA